AUGAGUUGCAGACAGUUCUCCUCCAGCUACUGGGGCCGUGGGGGCGACGGGGGUGGCGAGGGCAGCAUGAGGUCUUCUUUCAGCCGCUUCAGCUCCUCAGGGGCUGGUGGAGGAGGAGGCCGGUUCAGCUCUUCCAGUGGCUAUGGCGGGGGGAGCUCUCGUGUCUGUGGGAGGGGAGGUGGCGGAGGUGGCAGUGGUUUUGGAUCCAGCUAUGGCGGAGGAUCUGGGGGCGGUUUUAGUGCUGGUAGUUUUGGAGGCUUUGGUGGCUCUGGGGGCUUUGGAGGUGGCUUUGGUGGUGGUGCUGGAGGCAGUGAUGGUGGCAUUCUGGCUGCUGAUGAGAAGACCACCAUGCAGGACCUCAACGUCCGGCUGGCCUCCUACAUGGAUAAAGUGCAGGCGCUCGAGGAGGCCAACACCAAACUGGAGAAUAAGAUCCAGGAGUGGUAUGACAACAAAGGGCCCAGAAUCUUCCAGAAGGACUACUCCUCUUACUACGACACCUUGGCGGGUCUCAAGAACCAGGUUGUGGACCUGACAGUGGACAAUAACAAAAGGCUCCUGGACAUCGACAACACUCGCAUGACGCUGGAUGACUUCAGAGUGAAGUUUGAGAUGGAGCAGAGCCUGCGGCAAGGGGUGGAGGCUGACAUCAAUGGCCUGCGGCAGGUGCUGGACAAUCUGACCAUGGAAAAGUCUGACCUGGAGAUGCAGUAUGAAACUCUGCAGGAGGAGCUGAUGUCCCUCAAGAAGAAUCACGAGGAGGAGAUGAGCCAGCUGACUGGGAAGAACACUGGGGAUGUCAAUGUGGAGAUGAAUGUUGCUCCUGGCAAAGAUCUGACCAAGAUCCUCAAUGACAUGCGCCAGGACUAUGAGCAUCUCAUUGCUAAGAACCGUAAGGACAUCGAACAACAAUAUGAGUCUCAGAUGGACCAGAUCGAGCAGCAGGUGACGAAGAGUGGCAAGGAGAUGGAGUCCAACACUAAGGAGGUGACCCACCUCUGGCACAGUGUCCAGGAGUUAGAGAUUGAGCUGCAAUCUCAGCUCAGCAAGAAAUCGGCCCUGGAGAAGUCCUUGGAAAACACUAAGAACCACUACUGUGGCCAGCUGCAGCAGAUCCAGGGGCAGAUCGGUAACCUGGAGGAACAGCUCACUGAGAUCCGGGCAGAGAUUGAGUGCCAGAAUCAGGAAUACAGCCUUCUGCUCAGCAUCAAGAUACGACUGGUGAAGGAAAUCGAGACCUACCGCCACCUCCUUGAGGGUGGCCAGGAAGACUUUGAAUCUUCUGGAGCUGGACAAAUUGGCUUUGGAGGUGGCAGAGGGAGGCAAGGAGGAAUUCUGGAGGAGGAAGUGGAGGUGGCCAUGGUGGAGGAAGUGGGUCCAGGGGAGGAAGUGGAGGCAGCUAUGAGGGAGGAAGUAGUUCUGGAGGAGGAAGUGGUGGUGGCCAUGGUGGAGGAAGUGGGUCCAGGGGAGGAAGUGGAGGCAGCUAUGAGGGAGGAAGUAGUUCUGGAGGAGGAAGUGGUGGUGGCCAUGGUGGAGGAAGUGGGUCCAGGGGAGGAAGUGGAGGCAGCUAUGGGGGAGGAAGUAGUUCUGGAGGAGGAAGUGGAGGUGGCCAUGGUGGAGGAAGUGGGUCCAGGGGAGGAAGCGGAGGCAGCUAUGGGGGAGGAAGUAGUUCUGGAGGAGGAAGUGGAGGUGGCCAUGGUGGAGGAAGUGGGUCCAGGGGAGGAAGCGGAGGCAGCUAUGGGGGAGGAAGUAGUUCUGGAGGAGGAAGUGGAGGUGGCCAUGGUGGAGGAAGUGGGUCCAGGGGAGGAAGUGGAGGCAGCUAUGGGGGAGGAAGUAGUUCUGGAGGAGGAAGUGGAGGUGGCCAUGGUGGAGGAAGUGGGUCCAGGGGAGGAAGUGGAGGUGGUUACGGAGGAGGAAGUGGAUCUGGAGGAGGAAGUGGUGGCAGCUGUGAAGAAGAAAGUGGAUCUGGAGGAGGAAGUGGUGGCAACUAUGGAGGAGGAAGUGGUGGCAACUAUGGAGGAGGAAGUGGAAGGCUACUACUACAUGCGAUACUAG